AUGAACAUAAAUAUCGAUAGAUUCCGUCGGCCCAUGCGCCGGGGCGCUGCUCACUCGAGCCAAAUUCUCCUACCUUCUCCAGUACUCCCCCUCACAAUGCGCCUCCUUCACCAAGCCCUAACGGUGUUCCUCGCCGCCCUCCUCCUCGACACCGCCGCCGCCGCCGACUGUCGCCCUGGCGCCACCCGCCCCGACCGCUUCGACUGCCACGCCUACCACCGAUGUGACGCGGGAGAGUUUGUACGGCUGCACUGCGCCCCGGGCCAGGCCUACAGCGUGUACACCGGCACCUGCGAGCCGGAGUGGCGGUCGCCGGGGUGUCAUCAGGGGGUGACCCAGGAGAUUCACUGAGUGUGACUUGUCUUUAUGUUCAGGGGAUAGUAUGAUGUACG